AUGCCAAUAAAUAAUCAAUACUGUUCUGCAUAUAAAACUACACCUUACAAUCUAGUAUUUGGACAAUUACUUCAUAGUAAAACUAGAUUAGCUAAUAUUUUAAUAAAUAACAACUAUAAUCAGAAAGAAUUAAAUAAUACUGAUAUUUUAACAAAUAUUAAUAAUUUGGAAUCCAACAAUGAUAAUGAGUUAUAUGAUUAUUUAUCUAUUUUGGAUGAUUAUUAUAAUUAG